AUGACUGAGUUAGUUCUGCCCACCGCGAAUGGACUGUCGUGGGUACACGAAACCUCUGAAAAUUUGGAAGCACCCAAUUCGAGACAGAUUCUGCGGAUUGCCCUGAAUUUGAAGUAUCUUAUCGAUGAGGUGGUGCCGAUUUUGUUCAAGGAAAGUGAAAUUACGUCUGAUCAGUCGCGUAUUUUGAACCGAAAAGUUUUGAAACUGACGCGAGAGGCAUGCGGCGGGAAUCAAAAGGACGAAAGAUCCAUGCGCAAAUAUCAAUCUGUGGUUAUCUUCUGUUUGUUAAAAGUUUGCGGCUGGUACUGGGAAUUAGCUUCCAGCGAGCUUCACAAUGCUCAAAUUUACUCCCUAAGGGCCACAGCGGCACAGCAGCUAUGCAAGCUUAUCAUUGAGGAAGAAGAGGCGCGCGAUCCGCAUUUCCUAUUCAUACACAUGUUGUGUCGUCGAUAUGUGAUAAAUGAGAACGACGAAGACCAGGAGGCCGAGGGAGUGUUAGAACUAGCAUUGGACAUGCACAGCACAAUCGUAAUUGGCUCGAGUGGGUAUCAGCGUUGUUUGAAAUGGCUCUGGAGGGGCUGGAUUGUGCAAGAGGAAGGCGACGCAAGCACAUUCGUUUUAUGCGACUCGGUUCCCUCUUCUCAGUUCAGUAGACAUUUUCAUCCGGACAGACUUAAGACGCCAAUGUACCAGAACAUUAUUCAGGUCUUCUUCUCGAUUUGUUACCUUGUACUAUACACCGUUGUUGUCAACAGCAAAAACUCGCGAGAGGUCGACCCUAUAGACGCCGCAGAGGUUGUGUUCUACUUCUUCACUGUCGGGAGUAUUUUGGAUGAAAUGAACAAAAUUUAUAAUGUAGGGUGGAACUACGUGGGGUUUUGGAAUGCGUUUAACGAUUCCAUGUAUCUCACGAUUGCCGCAUCAAUGAUUCUGAGAAUUGUCAGCGUGAGUCCCAUUCAAACUCACAUGUCCUCAGAAUAUUGGGAUAAAGUUUCAUACAGAAUACUUUCCUGCGCAGCGCCUCUUGUAUGGUGCCGCUUACUGCUUUAUCUCGAAUCGGAGAGAUUCAUAGGCGCGCUGCUCGUUAUUCUCAAGCACAUGAUGAAGGAAUCAAUUGUUUUCUUUUUCCUUUUACUUUUGAUAAUCGUGGGCUUCUUGCAAGGGUUUUUGGGACUUGAUUCUGCAGAUGGUAAAAGAGACAUUACUUGGCCAAUCGUCAAACAUUUAUUUUUAACCGUUUUAGGGUUCGGUGGGUUUGCGAUCUUUGACAAAUUUGCCUAUCCCUACGCUGCUCUGCUUUAUUACAUUUACUGCUUUGUGGUCUCGGUGAUUCUUCUCAAUAUUCUCAUUGCUUUGUACAGCACUGCAUAUGAGAAAGUUAUCGUCAAUGCUUUGGAUGAGUACAUGGCUCUCAUGGCACAGAAAACAAUGAGAUACAUCAGAGCACCAGACGAAGAUGUUUAUGUUCCUCCAUUUAACAUCAUCGAAAUCAUAAUUACUCCACUUAUGCACCUGAUGCCGAAAAACACCGCUAAAGAGUUUAGUAAUACUGUGAUGACUAUCAUUUACUUUCCCAUGCUUUUGUUCAUCGCUCUCAAAGAGAUUAGAGAGGCCAAGCGCGUAAGCUAUAAUAGGCUAAAAAAGCUUGAGGACGAUGCUAAUGAGACUGACGUUGCUUGGGAUCUCACGGAUGGCUAUGUGGAUGAGGAAGACGGAUGGUUACCAAACAAUGAACUCACAGGUAUAGCUGCCACCCAGAAGAAAAACAAAAAUUCUCUAAAACUCCAAAGAGAAGCUGAGAAUAGCGACCCGCAUUUCAAAGUUGACAAGAAAUGGUUCAAAAACGUUAGGGAUUCAGUGCAGCCGGUAAGCGAUGGAUUUCAUUCUGGCCUAGGUUGGGAAAAUUACGGAAUUUUCAGCGAAGUCAAAGAGGGAAACAAACGUGCGCAGAAAAAAAUCGAUGAGCUGUCAGAAAUGGUAGAAAAGUUGACUAAACUAUUAGAAAAAUCGCAUAUCUCGAAUUAG